AUGCAUAACCCUAGGUAAUUUAUUAUCAUUUCCAAAGAACAAUGCUUGUUCAUUAUUGUGCCCUCUAUUGAGUGGAAACUGGAACCAAGGGGAAGGAAGAGAGAAAAUCCAGAGAGAAGAGAAAAGAGAGAAGGGGACUUUGUUUCGAUAAUUGCCACCAUAAAUCUUUUAAUUCGGCUGUUUUAUCCCUCCUCCUCGUCCUUUUGUUGCCUCUGCAGCUAUAUAUGUUUCUAAUUCUCUUCGUUUUUUGUUCGUUCGUUUCUAGCAUUGAAAUCUUAGCUCUAUCUUGCAACACCGUCAAUGUUCAACAUUCCCAGAUUCUAAUCUCAAUCUCAAUCUCGGCUCUCUUGAGGCAACCACAUUCAUCUAUCUCGACUCUCUGCUCCAACCACAGUUCUGUGAUGCCUUUAGAGACCAUAGAAACCUUGAUCACGAGCUGUCUCUGUUAAUUUUGAAUUGUGAGAUCAACGUUUAGAAAAUGGCAAGCUAGGAUUUGUCGUUGUUGUUGCUGCUGCUGUUUUUAUGGUUGUUAGGGUUUCUUUUGGCCAAGAGAUAUAAGGCCUUUAAGAAAGGAAUCAACGUUCAUGGCAGGAUGGUCAACUUGGUCAAAUGGGUCGUCCUUAGAUUUCAAUGAAGUUGAGAUAUUUGAUGUAUGUAAUGGUAAUGACUGUAGGAAUCUAAACGAUCACAGUGAUAAUGAUGACCAUGACAAAGUUAAAACCUUGUUUGAUGAAGUUUUUCCGGUUUAUCUAAAGGAGAGUUGUUCUCGUGGCAUUGUUCGGCCUAUGCCGGUUUUGCUGGGUGAUGGACAAGCAGUGGAUUUGUACAAACUCUUCUCUCUUGUGAAGGAAAUAGGUGGAUAUGAUUUUGUGUCAAGAAAAGGAUUGUGGGGUUAUGUGUCAAAGGAAAUGGGUUUGAACCACCAAGUUUUGGCAUCGAUGAAAUUAAUUUUUGAUAAGUAUCUGAAUGAGUUUGAAGAAUGGCUCAGGAAGACUUUCAAAGAGAAGAGUUUCAGAAACGAAAAUCAUGGGCGUGAUUGGGGUUUUAAGUCAUUGCUGUUAGAGCUAGAGAAAGAAUUGAGAGGCCUAUUAUCUCUAAACGUAAAGGAUAAAGAUGACGGGCUUGCAAAGAUGGAAUCAAAUGGAAUAAAAGAAUAUAUUGAUUUGGUUAACCACAAGGAAGAUCCAAAUGUAUUGGACACCAAAACUCAGAAAAUAAAUACAUAUGAGGAUGUCCAACACUCCCAUGUUGAUGAUGACGAAAAAGCUUGUAAUGGUGUUAAGGAAUACUCUGUCACCUUGAACGCGUCAAUUGCUGAGAAUGGAGUUGGCUCUCGCAAGCGCAAACGGGAACCAUUAUCUGGAAUGCUGAACUGGGUUAGGCAAGUUGCAAAGCAUCCCUUUGUUCCUUUACAGCAACCAUUACCAAAACCAUCAAAGUGGAAGGAGUAUAAAGGCAAUGACUUUUUCAUCCAGUUACUGAGGGCAAGAGAGGCUCGGUUGGUGAAACCAUGCGCACAACCUAACAAUGAAACACCUUCUUCACAGAAGCAGAAGAUGUGCCCUGAUAUGUACGAGGAUCACGUUGCACCUCGUUACCAUUCUUCUCCAAGACUGAGAUGUAGUGAAAGGCUGCCAGCACAUGUUAAAUCUCGCACAUGCUCUUGUUGCAAUUCAGGUUCUGCCAAUGGGAAAAAAUUAACAAGUUCAGUCAAUACAGAGGCCGAAAAUUGUUUCUUGCAUAAAACAACUGCAACAGUAGAUUCAUCGACUGCAAGGACAGUGAUUGAACAGUCUGCAAAUGAUUUCCAGGAAAAGCAUGUUUCUGUGGGUCCUCUUUAUCAAGCAGAUGUCCCAGAAUGGACAGGUGAAGUUUGUGAGAGUGACUCAAAGUGGUUAGGCACUCGAGUAUGGCCUCAGAAACAUGACUUAGAUCUUCCAAGUGAAACGGAUCUUGUAGGGAGAGGAAGACAAGGCAAUUGUGAGUGCCAUUUUAAAGGUUCUGUUGAGUGUGUUAGAUUUCAUAUUGCUGAAAGAAGGAUGAAAUUGAGGCGUGACCUGGGUUCUGCAUUUUAUCAUUGGGGGUUCGAUCGCAUGGGUGAGGAAAUUUCACUUCAAUGGACAAUCGAAGAUGAAAAGAGAUUCAAGGAUUUGAUGAGUCAGAGUUUUCCAUCUCAAAACAAGUGUUUCUGGAGCAACAAAUCAAGAUACUUUCCAGACAAGACAAGAAGGGACUUGGUGAGUUAUUACUUUAAUAUGUAUCUUAUUCAACUAAGAAGCUAUCAGAACCGUGUGACUCCAAAUAGUGUUGAUAGUGAUGAAGAUGAAGUGGAGUUCGGAUCUUUUAGCGAAGGUUUUGGGAUGGGAGCUCUCAAAAUCCCAGGUUCCAAUUUCCUGGAGUGUUCACUGAAUAAGCAAUGCACUGAUUUAGAUUAAAGACAACAUUGGAGUAAAAGAUUUUGAUGCAAACGGGUCUGAACCAUUUUGAGGUCUAGGAAACAUUUCUGUGGUUCAAUGCUUUCAAACACUGGAAUUUUGAUGUCAUACAGAGGGAUAGAAAAAACUUGGGCUUGUUCUGGUGUUUUUGAUUACCAACUAUGCAGUGCUUAUUGGCGGCUGCAUUCUUAUUCCUGUAAAACUAGUCUUGUAGUCUGACCGUUGGGCAAACCCUUAGCUUGUUCUUGCUGUAGAUGGUUACAAGUUUGGAUAAAGUAGGAGCAUUGUGUUAGAUGGUUGAUGAUCAAUGUAUUUCUAAGAGAGACAUAAUGCGAUUAGAAGAGAAAAGAACAUUGUGAUUGUAAGGGAUCAACCAUAUCUUUAGUCUGGAUCAAUGUAUUGAUUCCUAUUUUUACUUUUUGGUUGGAUUGGGCAUUUGAGUUUUGUUUCAACUAUAGAUUUUCUUCUU